AUGGGGAGGGAGGGGGGUGCUGAGAGGGGAAAUAGGGAGGGUGGGGUAGGGUGGCACAGAGCCAAAGGAGAGGGCAAGGAAAAGUUGAGAGAUAGCCAGAGGGACAAGGCAAAGAGAGGAGUCAGCGCCGUUUGGGCACUGCUGUCCGAGAAGAGGAGUAGCAGCCCUCCUGCCAUUAGCCUCUGCCCUCUGUCUAACCUACAGUCUCUCUCACAGGAGUGCUGCGGGGGCUGGCAGGCAGGCUCACUGCACCUAGGACAAGAUCUGAUUGCCAUGGACGUCCAGUGGAAUAGGGCUGAAGCUACCAGCCUGUUCCCCAAACACACAGCCCCUGGCGUGAUGUUCUCCCUGCUGCUAGGUGUGUGGUCUGCUCAGGCCCUGGAGAUGUCUGUAGGGAAAAUCCCCUUCCUGGAGGCGGUGAAUGGGAGCACUGUCAUGUUGCCCUGUACAUACGCCAGCUGUAUCGGAAUCAAAAACCUCUACUUCAGCUGGCAGUUCAAUAACAACGGUACCAUGAUAAAGAUGUGUGACUCGAUUAUUCCGGCAGAGGGAGUGGAGCCAGAUGUGAACAUCGAGCGAGACCGCGUGGAGUUUGUGGGAAGCAGUAAAACCAACAACAUAUCCAUUUUGCUGUGGAACAUCACCUUCGAUGACCAGGGCCAGUACACCUGCUUUGGACGUAACCCCAAAGAGAAGGGCAAGAACCACAGUGCCAUCUUCACCCUCACUGUGGUGGAUGAGUUAAGAGUGGUGGACAACACCCUAACCAUCAUCAUAGCCUCGGCAGUGGGCGGCGCCAUUGCAUUGUUGAUGGGCUUCAUGUUGCUGAAGAACUUCACUCUUUUUGUUCUUGCCACGCUUGAAGAGAAAAAUAAGGAGUGCCUUGUAACUUCAUCAGGGAUCGACAACACAGAAAAUGGCCUCUCAGGAUCCAAAGCUGAUUCAAAAUCAACACCAAAAAAGAAAUGA